UACCGGAUCCGGAAGCUUGCUUGUCCCCAGUCCAAAUCAAUACAGGAGAAUAGCAAACCAAAUUCACAAUUACCAUUCCGCUCACGGUCGCUCAUUUCCUGGCUUUCCUGGAUUUUACAUUGAACUUCAGCAUUCUGUGUGCCGGUGUCUCGGUUUUCUAUUGGCUGCAGCUGCAGACUGAGCCCCUUCCCCCCACUGUGCGCCCUGGACGAUGAUCUGCCGGUCGGUGAGGAGCUGUGCUGCGGGGACCUCUUGGAAUAUACAUCCGUGAAGAUGUCCUUGAGGAUGCGUCACCAGUAACAUUGAUGAAGAAAUGUAUAAAGCUUAAAACUGGCUGAUGUUCACAAGGAACAGAGUCACGUGAUGUAUGAAGGCAAACACAUACACUUUUCCGAGGUUGACAAUAAGCCCCUAUGCUCCUACAGUCCCAAACUCUGCAAGCAGAGGAGACUCAAUGGCUAUGCCUUCUGUAUCCGACAUGUUCUAGAGGACAAGACGGCUCCCUUCAAGCAAUGUGAAUAUGUGGCCAAGUACAACAGCCAGCGCUGCACCAACCCCAUCCCUAAAUCAGAAGACCGAAGGUACUGCAACAGUCACCUGCAGGUACUCGGCUUUAUUCCCAAAAAAGAAAGGAAGAAAAAAAAUGAUGCACUGGAGGAAGUAAAGGCCAGGAAUCAAAUGGAAACCGUGGCCUUCAGUUUAACAGUGCCCACCCUGGCCUUGAAGAUGCCCAAUGGACUGGAUGGGAUGACCCUUUCCCCUCCUGGGGCCAGGCUCCCCCUCCAUUACCUGGAAACGGAUUUGGAUGAUUCUUUCACUGUGGAGGAUGAAGAGGAAGAGUUUAGGAAAGGGACAUCUAUAAAGAAGAAGUUGCAGAGCAAGUUGGCACAGAAUCGACAGCGUCAGAAAGAGUCCGAGAUUUUAAAAGUUCAACAAGAGCACUUUAGCCCUCACCCUGCACCUUCUCAGCUGCAACCUUUGUCUCUUCAAGAGCAGCAAAUGCUGGUACAACCGGUACCAACUUCACUGAAAUCUACUGGGCUAACGCAGAGCCUGACUUGUACGUCACCUCAACCUCAGAAUACCAGCUUACCAGUACAGGGAGCAUCACCCGUAAUGCACACAUUCGCACAAACAAGAAAUGUGUCUAAUAAGAGACCUCUUUCUGCCCCACCGCUCUCUACAGACCCACCACGAUCUGACAAAAUCCAGGUGACUGCCACAGCCUUACCAACCUAUUCCUCCUGUGUCAGCCGGUUGCAGCGACUGAUGAAACUGUGCACACAAAAACGGCAACUAGAAAACGAUUUGUUCCCACAUUUGGGGUUGGAUUGGUCAGAAGAUAGUGGAGAGGAACAAGACGAAUCAGAUAGAGAAUCUCCAUACCAAGUUGCAUGGUCAUUCCGAGAGAGUCUCCAACACGACUGCAAAAAGCAUGAUGCUGAAGAAGCACAUAGCAGGAGCUCCAGGGUUGCACAACUUUGCACUUAUUUUCAACAGAAAUACAAGCACCUCUGCCGCCUGGAGCGAGCAGAAUCGUGUCAUAAGAAAUAUCGCCACACAUUCCGGAAAGCAUUGCAGAAAGCAGCCAUCGGAGAGCCGGAGUCUGCAGGGCAACUGAUACAAGAAUUGGGCAUGGCUGCACACAUGAAAAGCAUACCUAAUCAACCAGAACUCAGAGGAACAGAACCAAUACUCUGCAGUGCAACUGUGAAGAGCCAAGCAUGCUCAAACCGUGCCCUCCCAUACACGGGACACUGUUUUCAGCAUAUCCUUUCAAACGGCUCUCAGCAGCUUUUCACCAGUUGCACAGCAAAGUUUGCUGAUGGACAGCAGUGCUCUGUGCCUGUGUUUGACAUCACACAUCAGACACCCCUAUGUGAAGAACAUGCCAAGAAAAUGGACAAUUUCUUGCGAGGAGACAAUUCACGUAAAAUUCAACACCAGCAGCAGAGGAAACCCAGGAAAAAGACCAAGCCCCCAGCACUUACCAAAAAACACAAGAAAAAGAGGAGGCGAGGUCCCAAACGCCCCCAGAAGCCCAUUCCGCCUGCAUUGCCACAAGGCAAUCUCUGUAUGCCCAGCAGCCUCUUACUGCCAGUUGAAGUAUCCAGUAUAAGAAGUCCAUCCACACCAGACUUGAGCACUGAAGAGCUACCGGAUGACAUCACUAGUGAGAUCGCUGACAUUCCUCAUGAUCUGGAACUGAAUCAGGAAGAUUUCUCUGAUGUCCUUCCACGUCUGCCUGAUGACCUACAAGACUUUGACUUUUUUGAAGGUAAAAAUGGCGAACUUCUCCCAACAACUGAAGAAGCAGAAGAAUUGGAGCGGGCUCUUCAAGCAGUUACAUCUUUAGAGUGUCUAAGUUCCAUUGCAGUGCUGACUCAAGCAGAUGGUGUUGCUGCUCAGGAUCUUUCGGAGCGUGGAAUGACGUCAUCAUUCUCUGCAGGGUCUGGAACCACAGGGAUCCAUUCGCUGAGCCGAGUAGAUCAUACAGACCUUGGAAAAUUACUAAAUGGGCAUAUGGUUCACGAAAACUUUUCCAGUCUGGAACUGGAUGAAAACCUCCUUGGUCGUGCUACUUUGUCUAGCCCACCUACACCUCUGAGUGGGCAUAUUCAGAGGCAGUUUUCAUCAUCUGCCAAUGUUGGCCUUAGUUCUGCUACUCUAAUAAGCCACAGCUCGCUUGGAGAGAGGUCUUUCACGGGUACAUACCAUGAACUACAUGAAAGCAGCCAUUCUUCCCAGCGGCAUCUACCUGCAGAAAUUCUAAGCAAAACAGAAAAUGUAAUCACCUCCCAACAGCAAUACAGCAGUGACCAUCCACAUUCUUCUCCUCGUGAUAGCCAUUAUGACAGUGAACAUGUUCCUUCACCCUAUAGUGACCAAAUUACAUCUCCACAUGCUGCCUCCUUCACUGGUGAUGGUUUAACAGAUACAUUUUCUUCAGAGGUGCCCAUUAUUACGCAGCACUUACUCAGUACUCAAAUGGAGGUGCCUCUAAGUGGGGUGGUAAAUGCUCAGUCUCAUUGGGGUAACCUCCCUGUGAACCUUGGUGACCCAUCAACAUUCAGCACCUUCCUCAGUUCUGAUGGGCACCUUCUCUCCACGUCUUUGUCUACCCCUCAGGCUGUCUCUCAUUCAGAACCUUCACAGCCUACCUUCUCCACUGUGACCCCCAACAGCUCUAACAUGCUUCCGGGGUUACCACAGACAAGUUUUAGUGGCCUAAGCCCCCCUCCCUCUGAACUCAUGGAUUCUAUGCCCUCCAAACAACAGCUCCCACAGUUCAUUGCAGCCUUUGGUCAUCAGCUGACUUCUCACAGUGGCAUCCCCAAAGACCUGCAACCCAGCCAUAGCUCCAUUGCUCCUCCUGCAGGAUUUACUGUAACAGGUGCCACAGCUACAAGUACCAACAACACCUCUUCAUUCAUCAAUCACAAAAUUUGAUAUCCUUGCCUGUUAAAGAACAAGUAGUAUGAGAAGCGAUUAUCACGUUCAGCGCCUCUUAUCACUUAUUCCCCUGGAAUAUAUUUUUCACAUUAAUGAAAGGAGUGUAUUCAGUACAGUGUCCUCCUUGUGCUGUAAUGGCACUGGUGCUCCUAUUAUCCUUGUUUGUCUGCUUUCCUGUUUCUUUCUUUUUUUUUAUUCCCAGACCAGUGACGCUUGGUUCUAUAACUUUCUGCUUGGCUUCUGACCACAGGAAAUCUGCAUCCUGUCUUUUACUACAUGAUGUUGGCCAUCUGGAUAUAUGUAGUUUAUUGCAGAGCCGUGGCAGCAAUCAGGUUGGGGUAUAAAGGAAAGUGAGCUUUUCAUGAGAAUAGUAAUUGGGCAGUACUGUUUUUCCAUACUUUUUCAGUGCAGUAUGAACCCAGUGUCUUUUUCUAAAGAAAUUAAGCUAUCCCAAUCUUGUUCCCUGUGUGUGUCGGUGUGUGUGUGUCGGUGUAUGAGUGUGUGUGCUUGUGUGUUGUAGAAAUCCGAAGAAAUCCCAAAUCUUAGGGGUGGUGUUGCUAGCACUUUUAAGUCGCUUCCAUUCCAUGUUUCCUGCUAAACUCCGUGCAUGGUCCAGAACAUAGAAGAAGUGUAUUUAAGGCAUGACAAAAACUGAGAAAACACAAAAUUGAGUUGAAGUAGCCUACAAUGCAUGGUCUUUGGUUAAGUUAGUUUAAAUCCUAAUUCUGGAAUCCAUUUUAUUCCACCAUCUCUGUACGACUCCAUGAUCAUUUUAACUUAUUUUUUUUUUGCACAUUUGGCCCUUGUUGGCUUCUUACAACAAAAGUUCUAAUUUGAUUGAGAAAAUCCUAUUUGGAGGACCUUCAUCCGGAUUCUGUAGUUUGGGAUUCCUGUAUGUAUGGUUAGACAUGGUUUCUUUUGAAAUUUAUUUGACUGUAUUGGUCUGUGAUUGAAUAUUUAUUGUCAGGUUGUAGACUAGUGGAAAAAGAUUAUCACUUGCCCAUUUGGUUAAGGUUACCAAAUUUACAUUAAGACAUUUAAUGUUGCCUCCGCUAUGUCAAAUGUAGGACUUUACCCAGAGCAGUUUUAGACAUAUGUUUAACAUUGUCCCCAUGUUUACCAAAAUGGUUUUAAAAUUUCCUCAGACCAAUCAGUGAGUAGAAUCUCUAUACAAUAAACAUUCAGGGACAGCAUCCCAAAAAUAUGUAUAACUUUAUGGGCCCGCAGUAUGCAGUCACCUUAAAAGGAUGUGUACCCCUUUUGCCAGCCCAGUCUGAAAAAUGCUAAAAUCCUAGAUUCUAAUCUUUCUCGUAUAUUGAGGUCACAGGACAUUAACGGUCAGGUUGUCUUCUACCUACAGGAGGACUGGACACUGGGAAACAUAAAAAUAAAAUAAAAAUGCAUGCUGCCCUAGUAAAACCCCCUCCUAUUACCAGUAUUCCAAGUCUUAAAGGUGUUUCCUGCCUGUUAUAUGCGCUUAGGCAGUGAUUACUUUCCUGUUGGACAUUAUUUUCUCUUCCAUAUCCUGGUCAAAUCAUAUUGACCAGUUCCAUAUUAUGGUCUAAGUUUAGGAAUUUCCCCCAUCUUUCUUAUUGGUAUAAGUGGUCUUCUCAUCUGGCAUCUUGCUUGGUUCUCAUGCUAUCAUCACCUGGUCUUGUCCUCUUCCUAUUAGGUUGGGGGGUUCGGUCCUCAUCUGAUGUUGGCUUUAGACAUUAGUUUUUGAGUGGCUCUUCAGCUGCAGGCAGUCCCAUUUUUGUCCAUGUUGAACCUGUUAAGAGUUGUUUGCUGUUUGUACUAUCCUUGAAAUCACAAGGGUCCCACCCCACAUUGUUUUAUGAGCAUGCUCUUGAAACGGCUUUCUACAAAUUCAAAUCACGCCAGCAGUAAGAGGGCUUACCUUGUGGUGGCCUACCAUUUUUUUUUUUUAAGUGUCCAAUCCUCCUGCAGGUAGCAGUAAAUCUUUACCACAAGAAUCCUCCAAGAACAGGAUUUUAUGGUGAAUCUAAGGUCUAAUAUUCAUAAAUUUUGCAGAUAUAUCAGAAAGCUGCAGCAGUCUUUAUUGGGAAGUUAAUAAAUAGUGCAGUGCUGAAUGAUCAAAGAGGUGUAACUGAUAAGGU